AUGAUCAGAAAAGUUCUAGCAGCAUUGGACCAAUCUGACUUUCAAAUUGAUGACAUUUGUAAAUGGUGCGAAGCGCGUGCGGGUACUGUCGUCCGGUUUUUAGAUAUGGUGGAUUUGGCUCUGGAAGUGCAGGGAGUUUUAAAGAAGGCGCAGAAAACGACCUCAAAAAUGGCUAAAAGACGUCUACUGCAAAGACUUCAAUGCUACCAGAGCAAGUGUAUGGAAAUGAGAAAGGCGACGCAGCUGAGUAACACUGAAGUGCUCGUUAUAGAUGCCCUAGAU